ACAAUGCAAAGCGGCUCCCAAGCAGAGCAGGGCUGGCAGCCUGACAGUGAACAAAAACAACAACAGGCUACACUUUCUGUUUUUUUUUAUUUUGGCAAAGAAGAGCGUCUGCAUGGAUGGCGACCCCCGCGAUCGCUGUUCCGCGCGUGCGAUGAUCUGAGUCCGGAAGCCAAACAUGCACCCCAGCGUGAUGACGAUAGCCGAGCUGGGCUAGCUCGCUAGCUCUGUGCGUCUCUCUAUGUUUGAGUGUCUUCCGGCAGCAACGGCGGCGGCGGUGCCAUGAACAGCGGACUCCCAGCUUCAGCUGCUCCGCUCGGGGGUGUCGGGAUACCCAAUGUCAAGGUGAAGUUUUGCCGUUACUACGCGAAAGACAAAACGUGCUUCUAUGGAGAGGAGUGCCAGUUUCUGCAUGAGGAUCCGUCCAUGGCUAGCCUGAGCCCCGUCCCGUUGUCUUUGCCCGGGGGUGGCGGACCUCCAGCGGGGUAUUCCCUCGGCGGUUCCGCGGCCUCCUGCCCCGCCGGCGGAGGAGGAGGAACCGGUAUACCCAAGAAGAGUGAAGCCAUGGGGCCUGCGGGGACCUCUCUGGACGGGUCGUUGCUAGCCAUUCCAGGCAUGGAGGGAGCGAGUCUGAAUGACGCCAACCUCACCAACUCCUACUUCAGCAGCAGCUUCAUUGGGGUGAAUGGAUUUGGAAGUCCCGCAGACUCCAAAUACUCCAUGAUGCAGCGAAUUACUACCAGCAGCAGCUCUCCGAGUCUCCUCAACGACGGUGCCAAGAAUUUCAGCCACAGCACUCAUGGUAAGACCAAUGCUGCCCCAAUUCUCAGUAAAAUAGCUUUGCAAACCCUUCUUUUUUCUCUCCAUGUAGAUCCAGUCAACUCCCCAUCGUCGUCGCUGUUUAGCGAUUUUGGUGCUCUCGGCAUUUCUCAACGGAGGAAGGCGCCCAAUCCGACAGCAAGCGAGUUCAUCCCUAAAGGAGCUCCAAGAAUGGCCACCAUGGCUCCGUCUUCUGUCCAGGCCUUCCCCUCGCCUCUCUUUGCCCACCCGGUCCUCAGCAGCUCCACAGCCGCCGCUUUGGCUCCAGGCAUGUCUUUAUCGGCGGGCUCGUCUCCCCUGCAUUCGCCAAAAAUUACGCCGCACACUUCGCCCGCCCCGCGCCGCCGCAGCCACACCCCGAACCCGGUCAACUACAUGGUGCCCACCACGGCGGCCGACCCGGGCGGUCACAUCAUCCAGAAAGAGACUGUCGGGGGUACCACCUACUUUUAUACGGACAAUACCCCUGUGCCGAUGGCCGGGAUGGUGUUUCCAACCUACCAUAUCUACCCCCCCACUGCGCCCCACGUGGCCUACAUGCAGCCCAAAGCCAACGCCCCGUCCUUCUUUAUGGCCGAUGAACUCCGACAGGAAUUAAUAAACCGACACCUGAUCACCAUGGCUCAGAUCGACCACUCGGAAAACGCAGACGUACCGUCCGAGGUGGACAGCUACCAUAGCUUGUUCCCCCUGGAGGCCCUGCCCCCACCCAACCGCAUGCAGAAGACCAGCAACUUCAGCUACAUCACGUCCUGCUACAAGGCGGUCAACAGCAAGGAUGACCUGCCCUACUGCCUGAGGAGGAUACACGGCUUCCGCCUCGUCAACACCAAGUGCAUGAUGCUGGUGGACAUGUGGAAGAAGAUUCAGCACUCCAAUUCGGUCACCCUGAGAGAGGUCUUCACCACAAAGGCCUUUGGAGACCACUCCUUGGUGUUCUCUUAUGACUUCCACGCGGGUGCAGAAACCAUGUUCAGCCGACACUUCAGCGACCCAGCGGCCGACUCAUAUUUCACCAAGCGGAAAUGGGGACAACACGAGCCUCCCCCGCCGCGGCAGCACGCCGGCUUGCUGCCCGAGUCGCUCAUCUGGGCCUACAUUGUCCAGCUCAGCUCGGCCCUGCGCACCAUCCACACGGCGGGCCUGGCGUGCCGCGUCAUGGAGCCCAGCAAGAUCCUCAUCACGGGCAAGACCAGGUUACGUGUUAACUGUGUCGGCGUAUUCGACGUCUUAACGUUCGACAACAGUCAGACCAACCAUCUGGCCCUGAUGCCGCAAUACCAGCAAGCUGACCUGGUGUCGCUGGGCAAAGUAGUACUGGCGCUGGCGUGCAACUCUCUGGCCGGCAUCCAGAGGGAGAACCUGCAGAAGGCCAUGGAGCUGGUGUCCAUCAACUACUCGUCAGACCUCAAGAACCUUAUACUAUAUCUGCUGACUGAACAGUCCCGCCUCCGCAGCGUCAACGACAUCAUGCCGAUGAUCGGAGCCCGAUUUUACACGCAACUGGACGCAUCGCAAAUGCGGAACGACGUCAUCGAGGAGGACCUGGCCAAGGAGGUGCAAAAUGGCCGCCUCUUCCGCCUGCUAGCCAAACUGGGCACCAUCAACGAGAGGCCCGAGUUCCAGAAGGACCCCACGUGGUCGGAAACGGGCGACCGCUACCUGCUCAAGCUUUUCCGGGACCACCUGUUUCACCAGGUGACCGAAGCCGGGACGCCGUGGAUCGACCUCAGCCACAUCGUCUCCUGUCUCAACAAACUGGACGCGGGUGGUCCGGAGAAGAUCAGCCUGGUGUCACGGGACGAGAAAAGCGUGCUAGUGGUGACCUACUCGGACCUGAAGCGCUGCUUCGACAGCACCUUCCAGGAGCUGCAGGCGGCCGCAUCCGGUUCCUUGUAGCGGUGCCCCCACUGGCCUGGCGGGCGCACUACUAUUGCACUACGGCGGGCCAUCCACCGACCGAACGAGCCAAUGGGCGAGCUCGUGGAGACAUUUCAACAUCAGCAUUUUUGCCGGGAAGGCCUCAGUCGCAUACACUGUCCACUGGGAAGGCUUUUGUUUCCCCUCUAAAGUGUAUUUUUUUUAGUGUUUCCUAAAAAAAACAAAAAAAAACAAAACAAAACAAAGCCCGCAAGCUGGAAAAAGGAUGAAAGUGACAGACGCUUGGAACGGCGAAUCAUGAAUUAUUCUUUUUUUUUUUUUUUUUUUUUUGUAAUUUUGGGGGAACAAACUGACGCAAACCACCUGGUUCUUGCUUUUAUCGUUUCUGUCUACCGCUGUGUAUGUGUGUGCGUGUGUGUGUGUGUGUGUGGGGGGGGGUGGUAUCUUUCUGAGGAGGAUGCACUAAGAUUUUAAUUUUGGCUGGGGUUAUUUUUUUAUGUGUGAAUGAGUGGCCUACAGGGUGUACAGAGUCACACACAAAGAUGGAAUUAUUACAUGAAAUCCAGCUUUUUUUCCUAUUAGAGACUUUUUAAAUGGAACACCCCCACCCCAACCCCAAGGAAAGGACAAACCACUGGGUUGAGGUGCAGGAGGCCUUGCUUCCGGUUGACGGACGCUAUGGUGACGAGCUGUUCGUUUGGUUGUAAGCCCACCCCCAGCACCCUUGUGUUUGGCAGCUGCCUCUUUACGGAAUGUCGCCCGCCCCUUUUUUUUUUUUUUUUUUUUUUUUUUUUAAACAAAAACACUUUUUGGUGUGUGUUUUUGCCGAAGCGGGAGGGCUAACUUUCUUAUCUGUGGACCAAUGCCAGCAGGGUGACGGGGAACGAGACGAAGGAUGACGGAAAAGGUGGCUAACCAUCCACGCUGCCACCCACCACCCCCCCUGAUGAUUGAAUGUGAUCGGCCGUCAUUGGUCAGGAUUGUUCACGGCGCUCCUAUGUGCUUCUAUUGCGGUAUUUCAAAAAACACCAAAAACACAAUUCUGAACACUGCUCUUACCCUCCCACACAAGAAAAAUAAUGACAUCAUAGAUCAGACCCUGAAAGGAAUAAGUGGGCGACUUGGUGGGUGGUGGUGCUGACUGUGUUAGAUAAUGUACUAAACAGACACAUUUGGUGAAUGUGGUGCUUUAGAAUCCCCCAACGCAUGCACACACACACGCACACACACACACACCCUCUCACACACUUACACACACUCCACAAACACCAUCUUAGUAUGUUUUUUGCCCCUCUCGUGAUCCAAUGUCUCAAACUUUGCAAUAUUUGUGUGUACAGCAGUAUUUUAAUAAAGAAUACCGAAAGUAA